UUUGUCGUCCUUCUUCCCGUAGGUUUCGGUCAACCGCUACACCUGCUACCCGUUUCUCCUAUUUAUCCACCUACAAGUACACACAACAUGGAUGAUUUUGACAUGCUGAACGCACCCGCCGCUGGAAACGGUGUCGGCUCGGAGGAGGACCCUGCUGCCGCGUUCUUGGCCCAGCAGGAGAGCGAAAUCGCGGGGAUUGAAAACGACGAAGGCUUCAGCAUCCUGGACAGCGGAGACGUCCCCUCGUCGCUGGGAGAAUCUAACGAUGGUGCUGUCAACGGAGAGCUUCAUGGGGAAAGCAACGGUCCAUCAGAUGCUUAUGCAGCAAUUUCCAAUGCAGACCGGCUGCAGGCCGAACCUGAAAGCUUACGCAAGUGGAGGGAGGAGCAAAGAGAAAGGCUGGAAGUGCUAGACGCCAACUCUCGCAAGCAGGAGUCAGAGUGGAAGGACAAGGCCAAGGUGGAGCUGGAGGAGUGGCAUGCCAGGCAGAAUGAGCAGCUGGAAAAAACCAAAACCAAUAACAGGGCGGCUGAGGAGGCCAUGAUUUCAGAUCUGGAUGAGAACAACCCCGGCACGGAGUGGGAGCGGGUGGCUCGGCUCUGCGACUUCAACCCCAAGUCCAGCAAGCAGGCCAAAGACGUGUCCCGCAUGCGCUCCGUCCUCAUCUCCCUGAAGCAGUCCCCGCUCGUCCGCUAGGCAGCCCGAGGCUGGGCGUCAUUCUGGAUCAUCCUCAAUCACCACACACCAACCAACCCAACUACCGAUGUCCCACCAUCUGUAUUAUAAAGACAAGGGGGCUUGCACCUCAUCUUUCCAUAUCUGUUUGCCAUACACAGCCCUGUUUUCUUUUCCCCAGUGGAAGGAUAUAGCCAGUGGUCCCAUCCCCAUCUGUCUCUUCCUUGCAGGGCUGUAGAGAUUAGCUUUGAAGCACCAGCUCACCAUUUUCCCAAAAGGUUUUUACCCAAGUGCACCUCUUCCACAGACCAGUCAGGACCUUGUAAUUCCUCUUCCUUGUUGUUUAAAGAGAUCAUCAUCUCAUGGUCUGUGGACUUGUGUAACACUUAUGUAAGGGUGGUGAGUUGGGACACUAAAAGGGAAGGGUUGAUGUUUGUUUGGGCCUACAGCUACACUACAGCCUGCUUCUCAUGGCCCCCAAACAAUAUCAUUCCCAUGAUGCUGUACUCUAACUCUUAACCUGUCAAUCUUAUGAAUCCUUUCAUUGACUUACGAGGGUUGAUCGAUGUUAAAUGGAUUUAAUCACCUUUUGCCCUCUUAACACAUCACCUCAUGUCCCAUCCUCACAAAAAAAAAAAUUCUGAUUUUUCUUUUUGUUGUUUUGUUUUGGGUUUUUUUUUUGUUUGUUUUUUUAAGGACCAAACAACAAAAUUCCAAAUUCAGUGUGUGUGUCCUUUGAACUGUGUGUUUAGAAUCUGCUUGUGGCAUGUUGUGUUAAAUUUUCCAAUCUAUGCAUUUCCUUUUGAAAAGCCUCUCCCCUCUCCAGUCAGGAACUGAACAAAGUCCGGUCAUUACAAUAAAUGUGACCCGUUUGUAUGUGUGUUUAAACCUCAGCAGUGUGUGUGUGUGUAUGUACUCUAUGUGUGUACCUUUGUACAUAUACAGAAGGCAGUAUAUAUACAUUAUAUAAAACAUUUACGUCACUGAAAUUAGACAGUUGUGGUUUUAAAGAGAACUAGAUAUCAGCCAGCUGUUGCUUGACCAUGCGUGUUCAUUGACCAUUUGAUUUCAAUAUCAGUAAAACGUGAAUGAAA